CCGCCGGGGCUGGCGGAGGCGGCGGCGCGGCGCAGCGCAGGUGCGCUCCGUUUCCGCGUUGUCCCGGCGGCGGGGGGGGAGCGGCUCUGCGUCGCGUCCCAGCGUGGCCCGUGGUGGAGCCGGCCGCGAGUUUUGCCGGGGCAGCGAGGCCGGGUGAGCGAGUGGGGCGAGGCCGGAGGGCAGGUGUGAUCCUUGCCCCUCCUCCCCAGCCUGGUGCCAUGGCUGACAUGAUUUUUGGCAGUGGGACGGGCCAGUGGGUGUGCCCCAACGACCGGCAGCUGGCACUGCGUGCCAAGCUCCAGACGGGCUGGUCAGUGCACACGUUCCAGACUGAGAAGCAGAGGAAGAUGCAGGCUCUGAGCCCACAGGAACUUGAAGUCAUUCUAGAAGUCAUCCGCAAGGCGGAGAAAUUGGACAUAAUAGAGCAGCAGCGCAUCGGGUGCCUGGUGGAGCGGCUGGAGAACAUGAGAAAGAACGCGAUGGGGAAUGGCCUCUCCCAGUGUCUGCUCUGCGGUGAACUGCUCGGGCUACUGGGUAGCACAUCAGUAUUUUGUCAGGAUUGCAAAAAGAAAGUUUGCACCAAGUGUGGAAUAGAAACCUUUGGAGCCCAGAAACGUCCUCUUUGGCUGUGCAAGAUCUGCAGUGAACAGAGAGAGGUUUGGAAGAGGUCUGGUGCGUGGUUCUACAAAGGGCUGCCCAAGUACAUCACGCCUUUGAAGAGCAGCAGCAAAUCCAGUGAGCUGCACUCGCAGCCUUGGCAAAGUGAGCCAGCUGUGCCAGAGGCAGAGAGCGUUGGGACCAGCCGAUCCUUCACCUGGGCCAGGGGAAAAGUGGUUUCUAGUGACAGUGAGAGCGACUCGGAGUUCAGUUCCUCCAGCCUGGAUGACAAGCCCUUACCUGCAGGGUCAAAAGGCUCACAGGGCAGAAAGCGCGGAGCAGAACUGGCACCCAUCAGGGAACCCAGCCAGACCAUGGGCAGAGCUCUGGGGAGCACCCACUCCCCUACCCUCUCGGGGAGUCGCAGCAGCUUGGGCAGCGAGCAGGGCGCUGCCCUCAGUGCUACAGAGAGCUGCCAGAGCGACCAGCCAGCAGAUGGGCGCGACAGUGAUGUUGGUAGCAGAGUUCCUGGCAAAUGGCGCAUCCACACCAGAACACAGUGUUGACAGAGGUGAAGAUGGAGCUGCUUUGCCUGGAUCCAACGCUCGCCCCUUGCCCACUCCCACAGACCUCCCUCCAGACGAUGCUGCCGGUGGUGACUUCAUGAUGCUGGCUCUUGCACAGGCGUUGGCAACACAAUGGCACCUGGGAAAGUACCUGCCUGUCCUCUCUGCCUCACUGACCGGGGUUAUGGUCUGCUUUCCCUUUCUGCUGACUGACACACACUUUGGGGUGCUGCUCAGAGAGGGGUGCCAUGUUGUGCAGUGCUGCCAUGGGGUCCAGACCUGUGUUCGUUCGAAGGAGCACAUGAGGUGCUCACUGGAGCUGAAGAAAUGUGUGCCACAUCUGCUGUUCUUGGUUUGCCAAGCCCAGCCCUGGGUUCAGCUCCUGGCCUUGCAGUCCUGGCUUUGCAGCCUUCAGGAGAAAGGGAAAUUCACCCCUAUGUCCCCGAAACGGGUUGUGAAGAUACAGGAGCCUUUCUACUGCUUCUCAGCCCAGGGGUGAAUUUCCCUCUGUGAAUCCCAAGAGUGAGACUGGGGGUCUGGUUUGCACUUGACUCCUGUAGGCCCAGGUGUCACCCCUUGGGUUUCUUGUCAUUGUUGUUCUGGUUUGAAUUGGUAUUGGUUUGGUGGGGGCAUUGUGAAUCAGCUGAUGUUGUGCUCCUCUUCCACUGAGGUGUCUCUCUGUGAUAGGGCUGUCUGCUCAGGGAGACACUUCAGUUAGUAAAGAAACACUCAAAAGAAGUUCACUGUGAAUUUUUUUGGUCCUCCUGGCUGUGCACUGGCUUGUGUGUCCUGUGGUGAGAGUGAUGCUUUGGCGGUGGGAUCAUGGGCAGUGUGUGUGCUGCAGCUCCUGGUGGGAGAACUCCCACCACCCCACUGCCCAGCUGGCUGUGGUUGUAUACCCAAAUUGGAUAAAAGCUUUAAAAGUACUUUAUCUUGUAAAGCUCUGCAGAUUCUCCUCCCACAUGCACACCUUGUCAUCUCUUGCAUGAGCAGGGGCCUUUGUUUUACCUUUUUCCUGCAAGUCUUGAGCAUCUGGCAGACUGUGAUGGUAUCAUCCUGAGUCAGUCUGUAGAAAGUCUGUGUGCCCCAGUCCUGCUUAUUCUCCAGGAUGGACAAUUUCCCUCCAAGGCCUGACAGAUGAGAAAAAUCAAAUUACCUGACAUCUUUAGAGCAAUUAGAUCUUUGAAGACCUAAAAAAACCCCAACACUAAGCAAGUAGGAGUCUGUGGAUUUUAUUAAAUGCUUUGAAUCUGAUCUGUCUUUUUCUGAAGAAACGAAGGAUUCCCCAAAGUUCCCUCUGAAAUCAUGGAUUUAAAGGCAAUUUGUGUCGGUUAAUGUCAGCCUUUUCCCUUGGUUGUUACUCGUUUGUUCUAUUCUCCUUUGCUGCUGAGCGCUUUGUGCUCAUGUAGUAUAUGCUCUUACAAAUGGCUGCACUAUGAAGAUAAAUGAGAUUGGGUGCUGGAACACUGUAACAGGAGAUUGGAAAUCAAUCCUUGACUUUCUUUCUAAGUGAAUGUGGUCCAACAGAGGGCCGUUCCCUUACUGCUUUUCCAGCUAACGCGCUAUGGCAGGUUGCUGGGAAAAGCCUUCCAGCUCUUCCUCUGUGAUCUGUUUCUGCCCUUUCAAAAAUGAAAACAAAACCUUUGGAUGAUGUGGGCUGUUUGAGAUGGCAUAAAGAGAAACCACUGAACGUGGGCUUUGCAGCAUUGCUGUUGAAGAGAGCAAGGGAUGAGGUUGUUCUCCACCGAGGGAUACUUUAUGUUGUGGUUUAAACCUGGCCAUUGAGACUCAGCCAGCUGCGUCUCUGGAAGGCAUAAUGCCAGUAUUGUUAGCUGUUUCUGAAAAAGUAAAUCCAGCAGUCACCUUUUGCUGAAAUGCCAGUAUGAUUUCAAAGCUGAAGUCAUGCUGUUUCUUCUGAGAGCUGUAGUGUCUUCAAUUUCAGAAGUGUUUUGCUACCAAAAAAGUCUUGUCUUGCCUUGGAGCAUUUGACAGUCUUACUGAGACUGUCUUGCUUGCACUCUCAUUACUGCAGUGCCUCUGCCAGCCUGGCCUGCCAGCCUAAGUUAAUUCUAUAGAAGAAGGAAAAAGACACUUAAAAAUUGACUCCAUUUUCUUUAAACCUGUUACUUUCUCAUAAAAAACUUUACAUUGAGUUGGAAAGGGUUUUUAAAAUUGAGCAUGUCACUUCCAACUCUUCUUGUGUUUCUUGUGCUUUGUUCCUGGGUAGUGCAGGCAGGUCAGUCAUGUUUUCACUCUCACUCUUGCUUCUUGCAGCUGUUUACCACACUGUGGGUUGCCAGCUCUGCACAGGAACCUGGUAAUCCUUGCUGGCUUACUGUGCUAUUUGAGGCGUGAGUUUGAUUUUUAACUGAGACUAGGUUUUAUAAAACACCCUUAGACAUAUAUUUGGGACUGGUCUUGUACCAAUGAGACUGGAAACCUUUCUUUCUUACCUCUAUAUUUUACCUCCAUGAAGUAAUUCCACCUGAGUUCAAACCAGAACUGUUCAGUCAUCUAUGAAAGACUCCUCUUGGGUUGAGGGAAGGAUCUAGCCCAGAAGUAUGGGAUCUAGCCACGUUUGAAUGUGAUAAAGGAACAGCUCUGUGCAUGUAUUUUCUACUAAAGACACUUUUGGCUUUGUUGCAUCUCUCUUGGUUGUGUUUUGUAGCUUUCAUUGGAAUAUUAUCCUAAACCUGUACCAGUUGACUGCCUUUUGAGUUGGCUCAAGGUUGGCAAGAAUAGCUCUGUAAAUAGUGCUCAGUCUGCACUGGUCAUUUGUGUUUCCUUUAUUGUUUUGUUGUUUUUGUCUCCAUCCCUUACACUUUUAUGUAGUGUUUUACUACUGGUAACAAUAAAGCUUUGGCUCGGUAACAACUGCUUGCCUUUCUUGAAACAGUAAAAAGUUCUUUUCCAUUCCCAGGUUGCAGAUACUCUCCAAGUCCUUGGGCUGGCUCCAGCAAGGAAGGAAAAUAAUCCAGCCAGCGGAAUGGUGAUUCACACAGCUGGAGCGUAAUUGAAUUCUGCGCUUGAAAGUCAUCUUUUGUCUUGCCCCUCUUUGUGCUGGCAGUGGCAGGGGGCACAGGUCUGCUCCUUAGUCCCACCGUGGAAGGUUUUCCAUGUUGUAACCACUAAGUGUAAAGCAGCACAGGUUGUCAUUCUGUCAAGCGCUGUCCCCACAGCCUCCCAGGGCUCAUCACUCCCUCUGGUGUGACAGUGAGGUUCCAUUUAGCUUUGCCUACAGAGAAGCAUCUCCGCAUUGUUGCUAAGCAUGUGCAGCCCUGGCUGCUCUGUGUUCUCUUCCACUCGGCAUUCAGCUUCAAGGUUUCAAAUGGCUUUUAAAUCUGUUUUUCCUUUUCCCAUUUAAAAGCACCUUGGUAAUUACUGUUGGGAUUGUUUUGCUGGGGAGCUGCCGUUAGUCCAAGGAUGGAGCAUGUCAAGGACUAACCACCUCUUACAUUGUUCCUUCCCCAUUCUGCGUGCCAUGACAACAACCAGCAUAUUGGGAAAGUCAACUGCGUGAUCUCUGAGUCAACAGCACUGGCCAUGAAUUGCCAAGUUUCUGUGUUUGCUUUUUACAGCUGUAGUUUGAGGGGAAAGGGUAUGUUUUCUCUGUGGGAUCCAUGUGUAGUAGUUAGAUGUAGCUGAAGCAAAUGGGCUACCAGCUGGUGUUUAGACAGUGUGUUUCUGGCCAUUACUGAGUUGGGACAGCAAAGGCCCUGGACUGUCAGCUGGAGUACUUGGACAGUGACACUAAAUGGCAGAUAACCUCUGUGGAUGGUUGAAGUUCAUGUGUAAAAUAAAACUUAGCAACAGUUGCUCUUCUCUCCUUCCUACCCCUCCCAGAAGAUGUUUCCUUGCAGGAGAGAGGGUUGGUGGCAGCAAUGUCUCACCAGCCUACCUCUCCCAUUUCUUCCUUUUACCACUUGUGAGUUUUGUUUAUCUCCAUGGUGGAGACUGCUCUUCGAUCGUAAUUCCUUGUUUCUGCAGGUGGAUGUGAUCAUGAUGGAGAGUUCAGGGAACUUUUUUAGAAGGGCCAGAGCUGCAAUCAAAUAAUGAGACUUUCAGCAAGUACAAAAUGACGGGUGAUGGCUCACCAAGGCUGAUUUGAGCUUCAUGAUCCAGGGAUGGGCAGGACAAUUCCCAGCCAGGCAGGCAGCAGCCAGGAGGAGCAGCAGCC